AUGACUUUCCCUCCAUCUCCCGCGCCCAAUGUUGAGUGGACAAAACUAGGAUUCGCCGUUUCCGAUUUGGUUAACGGCCACAUCGAAUCGACCUAUUCGGUCGACGAGGGCAUAUGGUCGCCUCUCAAGCUCGUCGCAGAUCCAUAUCUGCGCAUUCAUGGACUGGCACCUGCCCUUAACUACGGCCAACAGGUUUAUGAAGGCCUGAAAGCCUACCGCACACGUAACGGCAAGAUCCAAAUAUUCCGCCCAUACUUCCACGCCGCACGCAUGCAGCACUCGGCCGACGUGGUCUCUAUCCCACCCGUGCCGAUCGACCACUUCAUCACGGCUGUUAACGCGGCCGUCGAAAAGAACGCUGAAUGGGUUCCUCCGUAUGAAAGCGGCGCUUCCAUGUAUAUCCGUCCUGUUCUGUUCGGAUCCAGCGGGCACUUUGCCCUCACCCCACCGGCUGAAUACACGUUCUGCGUGUAUGUCCAGCCCUUCAGCACUUACCAUGGCGUUAUGCCGUUGCCGGCAGUCACUCUGGAAGAGUUUGAUCGUGCCGCUCCUAAAGGCACUGGGCAUGCCAAGAUAGGGGGCAAGACUGGGGAGGAUAUUGAUGAAUUCUCGACCUCGGGAUUCAUGGGUGUUAGGGUGAAAAAGCAGGAGGGCGAACCUGAUCAGGUCACCUUGGUUGUGCCGAAGAGUGAUAAUAUUAUCAAUAGCGUCACUUCGGAUAGUUUGAUGGCUCUGGCAAGACAGUUGGGGUAUGAGGUGGAGCAUCGCACGGUCAAGUACACUGAGCUGUCGAGCUUUAGUGAGGUCAUGGCCGUGGGCACUGCUGCGGCUUUGGUCCCCAUUCGCUCGAUCACACACCAGUCGCGUGGGGAUAACUUUGUCUAUACGACGGAGACGGCCGCGGGCCCGGUCUGUCAGAAGUUGCACUCUGAGCUGAUCAGUGUUCAGCGUGGUGAUAGUGAAGAUAACGAAGCAUGGUGUUAUGAGGUGAAGCAGGUCCUGAAUGGAGUGAAUGCUUAG